CUAGAUUUGUUCUAAGAUUGUACACCCUGGUCGAUACAAAAAUGUCAAAAAAAAAGCGCAUUUUCAAACAAAAUGGCGAACGUUUAGGUUGUGUGUUAUUGUUAUAUUUUAUUUUGUUUUUACAAAUUUUACACGCCUGUUGACUUGACAUUAAGUUUAGAUGGGUCGCUCGCCGAGCCCGAGGCGGCGUGACGAACGGAGGGACCGACGGGACCGCGACAGAGACCGCGAGAGGCGGAGGCAGAGGACCCGGUCUCGGUCGCGCUCCCUGGACCGCCGGAGACGGUCGCCAGAGCGCCGCCGGUCGCCCUCCCCGCGGAGGCGCCGCUCCCGCAGCGCGUCGCCCGCACCGACCACCUCCUUCGUCCCGAAACCCAAGAAGAACUUCGGCGAGCGACCGAUCGUGACACCCGCCGAUUUGGAGGGAAAGACCCCCGAGGAGCAGGAGAUGCUCAAGGUCAUGGGCUUCUGCGGCUUCGACACCACCAAAGGUAAGAAAAUCGAAGGGAACGUCGAAGGCGACGUGCACGUGGUGUUAAAAAGGAAAUAUAGACAGUACAUGAACAGGAAAGGCGGCUUCAACAGGCCGCUGGACUUUGUAGCGUAGGUAAUGGUAACGCACAACCUACGGCCACCAGCGACCGCCGGGAGACCUGCAGGGUCCAUGUGAUACUCGUUAUUUGAAGCUUGUUACAUGAACAUAUACUAUACUUUUAUACUAUACAUGCAAAGUCAGAUUUAUAUACACUACAUACAAUAAAUUAUAUUUAACUGACAUUUUAACAGCUAUUUUAGCUGUUAUUUGGUACGUGAAUGAAAUAUUUAGGCAAUUUAUUAUGAAAUAUACUUCAUUUCAUAACUACAAACAUGUAGAGGUUUUGAGUAAAAAUAAUUUACAUAUAACAGACAAUUUAGUCAGUGUUUUUGUUAUAGAUCUAUUUCUAUACUAUAAUGUCUGCUAUAAGAAUUAAAAUGGCUCAGAAACACCACUAUAUCCUAUUCACCUGAAGUCUUACCUCGUGACAAACAAAAUUGCCUAAUCAACAAAAUUUGGUUCCUUUCUCAAAUUAGUAAGGUUUGGCAUUUGACUAGUCAAUUUAAUUAUCUGAAGUAUAACUAAUUAUAGUACUUUAUUUGAAACAUGGAAAACAUGAGGUUUAGAUCACAUAGAAAGAAUUCCCAUAAUAACUGAAGAACACUUCAGUGAUAUAAUAUGUUUAAUUUUUAUUUAUUUUGAUUAAUUUAUAUUACUUUUGCAAUAGGCAUUCAGUUUUAACUGUACAGUUUUAUCUAAUUAGAAAUUCAAUCAAAAAUGUUAGAAUAACUUUACAUUUAAAACAGAGAGACACUACACACAGAUGAUUUAACUGAACAAUAAUCCAGUUAAAACUGACAGAACUGGCAUUGGUAUACAUAAUAUUUUAAAUUUUAACCUCCGUAACCACUUUUACUAAGUAUAAAAAAUUUCUAUAACACUAUUAUUAAAUCUGUAAUCAUUUCACUUGAGGUCUCGGUUUUUAAAAUAAGAAGACUUGAGACAGUCAUUAUUUUUACUUUUUUAUACACAAGUAUUCAGGUCAACCAAUUUAGAUCUUUGUAUUUUCUUAGUCAAUUUUAUAAAUUAUUUCUAUAAAUUCAUUCAAUAAUUUAGUUCAAAUAUAAGUAAAUACAUAUUAUAUUAGUACUGAAGUGUCGUUUUACAAGAAAAUUAAGUAAGAUGAUCAAGUUUUAUUUAAACCAAACAAAGUAAGUCUGAAGUUAUUUAUUUGGUGAACAAUUUUUUUUUAUAAAAGAAAUUGUAACUGGCUUUUAAUAUAUUAGUAAGUUCAUGUCAACAAGCUUUAAAAACAUUUUUACUUAGUAAUAAGCGUUAUACAGUUUCCAUUUUUUUGAAACUUCCAUGUUUUUUGAGUUUUGGCUGUGACUAAUGCAGUUAAACCUGAUAUUAAAUCCUAUCAAGGGUUAGUUGUUGAGGGAAUAUAUUUAAAAGACAGUUUUUCACAUUUCUGCAUUAAAAUUUAUCUUUUUCUACAGAAGAUAAUAUUAUAAAAAGAGAUAUUUUCUUGCAUAGGUAAAUCAAUUUUGUUUAAAGAUUUAUUUGUAAUUCUUUUCUUUUUUGACUAUGAAGAAAUUUAUGACAAAUUUUUGCUUUUUGCCAAUAUUAAAUUUACUUGUUUAUUAAUACAAAAACAUGUGGAUAUUUGUACACUCUUAUUUUAAACAUUGGAAAAGUUGACAAAACUGAAAGGAGAAACAAUUCCCCAAUGAUAUUUUGUUUAAAAAAAUUAAUCAAAUCUUUAGUAUUAAAUUAUCUUCAAAUUUGUCACAGCCAAUGCUCAAGUUUUUAUAUAUUUUGUCACAGAACCAGGUGUACAUAGUUUGACAUACAAAUAUUUUUGAAUUGGAGAUUUUUAUAUUGGACAAACAAUAAGUAUUGAAAAUUGAGCUUCUAUCAAUUACAAUACAAAUUCUCUGUGUAUUCUUACUUACUAAAAUUACUCUUAUUUUACUAUUAAAGAAAUUGUCUUGUUUAAAAUACACUUACACUGAUACUAGUCUGUUAUAGACUUAGCCAAUAUAAAAAUUACCAAUCGUAACACUAAAAAUGUAUCAAAAUUACAGUUUCUCGUGACAGAAGUUAGUCAGUAAGUUAGUUUUAAGUCCGUUACCGCAGGGCCCGCGCGCUGCUCACGCCCGCGCGGGUUUAGUCCAAGCGCUCAGCGCACCAAGAAGUCCUUAGAAGUCAGUUUGGAUACAUAUAUUUACACGGUUUGUGAAGUUACUGCCAUAUAUUGUACACUCAUUCUACAGCUACACAUUUAUAUUAUUGUAUAAAUGCUUUUAUAUACAACUUAUUUAUAAUAUACACAAGUACAUGCAGUUCUAUGUUUUUAUAACUAAGAAAUUAUAGUUAACUUUAUGUAAAGCCAAUAAAAAUCUAGUAUAAAAACCUUUGUGAUAAAAUAUUUUCAUAGCCAAACUUACGAAUAGUUGUCUCGUUGUGCCAACAUUUAUAUUGUAAUGAACAAACUUUUGAUUAUAGUUAAUGACAAAAUGGCUUGACAUAUUUCUUAACAUGCAGAUAAUACAAAAAAUGCCUUUAAAUCUCCAUGAAUAAUUACUCUAGUUACAGAUAUUGUUAACUAUAAAGUUUACUUUUGAGCAAUAUCUGCUGGGACCUAUCGGAACCCUACCAAGGAUUGGCAUUUUAUAGGUAGCAUUUCAGCUUGACUUCAUCAUUGCUCUCCAUCAGGCAUUGUGGUCAACCACGAGCUAGCUUAUCCAACUAAAAAACAUGUUUUACCAUAAGUAUAUAUUUUUUACACACAUUCAUAGUAUGGCCUGACUUCACACAACUGCCACAUAAGACUGAGUUGUCGUACCCUCGUUGCGCGUUGCCCGCGCGUCGCGCCGCACCGCCAUAGAUAUAUUUAUACACUUUACACCCCCACUACCCCCCAGAAUAACCCCUUAUCCUCCACAAUGUACAAUAGUUAAAGAUUGGCACGUCAGAGUGUGGUUUAUUCAAUGAUUUUUACACUACAAUUUUUUGGGGAUUUUUUUUUUGUUAUUAGUUAGUAAAUUCUUUUAAACUUACAAAUCUUAUUAAGUUUACAAAGUAAAUCUUAACAGUUUUAAUAAAAUUGUUAUAUUGUCUUAACAGUUUUACUUAAUAAACCUUUUUUUUAAUCAAUAUUAUUCUUAUUAGAGCACUUACAUUUUAUAAAUUAAAACAAUAGUUAUAAUUUCCAUUGUUUCUUGUUGUUGUUUUUGUUUUGUUAUCCCCAAAAACAAAAAGAGAUUGUUGCAAAAAUCGCUCUCUGCCGAGCCAGUCUCCAUAGACCAUAUACAAUAUACUAAUGUUACUUGAAUGUGAUAUUUUUAGUGAGUUUUUGCACGCGCGGCGUGCGGGGGGUAUGGCGACAUUAACGGACAUGCAUUCAAACUGACUUCUACUGAUUUGUCACAACACCAGCACCCAAUGAAUGAAUCGAUACACAAAUAACACAAAAAAAAAAACAUUUUCACAUUCCAAAAAAUACCAAAAAAUUAACUGUUUGGCUGCAUUUCAACUGACCAAUGGCAAACAUAUUAUAUGUAAUAUGCUUUGCUCGAUUUUCACAGCUUAGUUUGCUAAAGUAUGUAUUUAUUUGGUGUCAUUGUAUGAUUGAGGCUUCACAUCUAAGUCUCGGGUUGCCUGCCUAAUUAAUGCACAAAUUAUGCUCCAUGCACGUCCACGCACGUAAAGUGUUGCUCUUUUAUAAGUGAGAAACAUUCAUACCAUCAAAAUCAUCAGUUUUUCGCAAAUCUCAGGAAACCAUGGAUUGUUUCGGGACAAAGAGAGAGCAUCUUCAUUUUAAAUUACAACCAAAUCAGCUUAAUAGUUGCGGCAUUAAAGAAUAACAAACAUCCAUACAAACUUUCGCGUUUUAAUCUACAGUACAGUAUAAUAAAUAAAUUGAAUAUAUGUAUAUUUAACAUCCAUUUAUUUUAAAAAUACAUACAAAGAGACUAAGCUGUGAAGAUGCAGUGAAACUAAGACUCACUCCAACUUGGUAGAAACGCAGCCUACUGAGUUUGUAUGCCGUAAACAGCUGCAAUAUUUAAAAAAUAUGUCGCUGCAGGUGAUUUUUUUUAUUGUAUGGCACACUUUCAUGGUACAGAAACAAAUAUUGUUAUCAUUUCACUACAAAAAACCAGCAUUAUGUUAAUAUUUUUAAAAAAAUUUUGAUUGCCAUGCACUUCUAUUAUAUGAUGUCUAUAUUGCAUAUUUUUUGUAUGUUUUGUAUUUAUGCAAUAAUCAGAUGUUUUUAAUUACUAAAAGAAACUGAACUCUUUCGAUUUAUUUUUGGAGAAGACAGUAAAUAACAAUUUCAAAUUACAUAAUUUUAAAUAAUGUCUCAUUUUCUUUUAAAAUAUUUUUUACAAUUUUUUUUUUAUAUUUUCAAGAUGUCUUCUCAAAAAACAAAAAAUAUACGAGAAUCUUAAUCGAAGAACAAAAAGAUUCAUUCCCACGUGUAUAUACCACGAAUUUGUAUUUAUUUUAAAUAUGUAAUUCAAAAUUGUACAUUUUGUCUAAACUUAGGUGUCAUCCUUGGAUGAAUUUCUGUUUUAUACCUAUAAUAUAAUAAUUUAUAUUGUCAAAGUUGGUUUGCAUUGAUCCAGUAUUUUGGUACAGUUGGGCACUUCUCUAAAAUGCAGGUCAGAAUUUCAUCAGACUUUUGUGAGUUUUAGAUCCAGUACAUAUAUUGAUAUUAGAUAAAGGAUAAAGGUAUUGGAUAGACAUAAACGCAACUAUCCAAUCAAUACCACAAAAUUAUAAAUUAUAAAAAGAUUCACUGUUGCAAACUGGAUGAAUGAAAAUUGACACCUUAAUAUUUUUAAAUAUAACAAGAUUAAAAACUGUAACCCGAAGAGAAAAUUGUAUGAAAUCAGGGCUUACAAGGUAAAAUCAACUCCUGCAGUUAAAAAUUAUUUUUAACAUUUUGUUUUUUAAAACAGCGAAAUCUCCUUAAUAUUUUAAGUUUGUUUUAAUUACUAAAAAUAAUAAAUAUUUAGUUUAAAAUAUUAUUGAUUUUGAUUUAAAGAAUAACAAAUAUUUCUUUUUCAAAAAAUGUAAUUUUUUUUGCGAAAAUGCACUAAUGUUCAUUAGUAUUAGUAAAUGUAAAUGUUUGUCUAGUUUUAUAGAAAAGAAAGUUAUUUUGGAAAUUGUAAAAUUUUUUAUUUUAAGUUGUACCUAAAAAUUGUAUGAUUUGGUUUAAUCCAAGGAUGUAAAAAUAAAAACUAUUUGGAUUGA